AUGCAGAGUUCAGUCGAGUCCUUCAUUAAUGUGUUAGAGUCAUACAGAGGAAGAGAUAAAGUGAUAAGGACCCUGGUCUACGGCUCUCAGCUGGUAGGGGGAGUUCUGGCGGGGAAGAGCUCCCGGUCUUCCCUGGGGAAGAGUCUCCUGCUGUUCUCCGCUCAGCUGAGUCACUGCAGAACCACACUGAGGCUCUUCGAUGACCUGUCCAUGCUGGCGUACUCCACAAGCUAUGGGUUAGGAGCCUCGGAGGAGGAUGCUUUGGUGCGCUGGAUGUCAAUUCUGACUAAUAUAGCUGAUCAGAUGUAUUACCCCUGCGAGCACAUGGCCUGGGCCGCGGAUGCAGAGCUCAUCAACACCAGAUCUGACCGGUGGUGGGUGCUGAGCACGGGGCUCUGGGGCCUGUCCCUCAUCCUCAACAUACUCCGAUCCAUCAGAUCCAUCCAGAUUCUGAAGAGAAAAGUGCAGCCGUGUGACAGGUCCGGUCCAGCGGACAGCAGGGAGGAGGCGUUCUCCCAGAAAGCUGCGCUCCGGAGGCAGAUCCGAGGGGAAGUGCUCCGUGUCCUGAGCGGUGUGGCCGAUCUCAGCAACGCCGUCCAUUGGAUGCCUCCGGGAUUUCUGUGGGCUGGACGGUUUCCUCCAUGGCUGGUGGGGCUGAUGGGAACGGCCUCGUCUCUCAUAGCUCUCCUACAGAUGAGCUCCAGUGAUCAAGAAGCAUAGACUUAAAGCAUUACACACAUAUCUGCUACUAUUUGUAAUGUAUUAAUAAUUAUGUUUAACAAUGUGCAAUUUAUGCAGACUCACUGAUAAGUCUGUAUUUUGAAAUUCCGUUAACUUCUACUCUGGUGAAUAGUUAAAAACAAUGUUAUAUUCAAUUGUAUGAAUGUAUUUGUAAACAUUUUAUACAAAUAAUGUGAAAAUGCUUCAAGUAUAAUUGCGAAAUAAAUUACUAUUUUUUCAAUGA